CUCUUUUCUCUCUAGCUCUCGUGACGUUUCAGACAUGCUCUUGCGGCUGCCCUUGAAACAAAAACUGCAUUUCUGUGUGCUGCAAAGUCAUACGGAAGUGAAAACCACAAAAAUGGAUUAUUAGCAAGCUGAAGAUUCAAGGCAUCAACUUUUGACCAUAGUUUUAUUUCGAAUGAAAAAACCACAAAAGGAAGAUGGGGCAGAUGAAAAUAAUAUUCCUAGCACUUCUGGCAAUACAAAAACUGCACAAGAGUAACGCUACGGAAGACAUAGACCUAACUACUAUCGAUAAUCCUUUAUUACCGAUACAAUUAGGAGACUCCCGUCUCAUAUAUAGUGAACAUACCUUUAUACAGUAUUUAAAUUUAGAACCUAUUAUUAAGCAAUUGUUUAACAUUGAAAAACAUUUGUUCAUUAUAAAAAAUAAUUUAGAAGUAAGAAAUGCAACUAAUGAAAUCUCAUAUCAUGCCUUAUCUCAAGACAUGUUGUUGAGAACAGAAUUUCUCAUCAAAAUUACACGUACGAAACUUGAUAAUUUACAACCUCAUAUACGUAAUAAAAGAAGUUUCUUUGACGGGGUCGGUCAACUACAAAAAUGGUUGUUUGGUACACUUGAUACCAUUGACGGUAAUAAAUAUGAUAACGCAAUAAAAAUUCUAGAAACAAACCAACAAAACAUGAUUAUGGAAAUAAACUUACAAAGUUCACUUUCCAAGAAUCUUAUAAGAAAUUACAAUGUAACAAUUCACACCUUAUCAAAAAAUCAAGAAAAAUUUGCAACUUCUCUCGAAAAAUUUCAAAUCAGCGUGCAAAAAUCAAUCACUGAAUCACACGAGUAUUUAACCUUUCAAGCAAUCAUUUCACAAAUAAAUUUAGACUGUCAAAAUAUUAUCACAUUCUUAGAUAAUUUGGAAGACUCCAUAGCUUUCGCAAAACUAAACACACUUCAUCCUUCUAUUAUCCCUAGUCAAGAGUUACAAAAAACACAAACAGAAUAUUUAAGGAAAAUUUACCCUGACAACCAAAUUACAAAAUUUAAAAACAUUCUAACAUACUACCAAUUUUUAGGCACUCAAGCUUCGGUUGCUAAAAAUAAAUUAAUUUUUGCUAUACAUAUACCAAUUAUCAAAGCCGAAGUCCUUAAAUUAUAUCACCUUUUCCCCAUCAUUCAAAACAACCAAAUAUUCUCCCUAAAAUACUCCUAUCUGGCACGAAACAACUGGCAUAAUCAAUUUAUAGAAGAAAUCUGUCCACUACUAGAAAAUGUAUAUUUCUGCAUCGAAGACCACUCUCCUAAUGACAAUUGCACCCUGCAGCUCCUCGAAAACCCGUCGACUAAAGGUUGCCAAAAAAUAAAUUCAAAAUUAGAAGAAUCACUUACUGAACAAAUCACACAAGACGAGAUAAUUAUCAUUCCAGCAAAAACGGAAAAAGUUUUUUCCAAAUGCAACACAGACAAAUAUCUAGAAGUAAAAAAACCUACACUAAUAAAAAUACCAAAGUCAUGUCAAAUAGAAAUCAACGCGAAAAAAUUCUUCAACGACGUCAAAAUACAACGAGGAAAACCAUUACUUCUUCCCAAACCAAUUACGGAAGAAUACGAUACGAUUGCAGAAUACGAAACACCCAAAAUGGAAAAAAUCAAUUUAGAAGACAUUCAAGAAAUAAGCAGAAUGACGAAUCAACUUAUACCACUAAAAAUCCCAAUAUCCAACCACUAUCCCAAAAUUUCUGGUAGUUUAUCUUUACUAGCCAUAAUUUUAUUUAUACUGGGAUGGAUUUUUAAGAAGAAAAUCAAGAAAACCCUGCAAAAAUGCUGCAAAAACCAGAAAAAGAAAGAAAAUUCAAUAGAAGAGUACCCAGAAGAGUCCAAAAUCGAACACCACUCCGUAUUGUUCUCAUCUUAGAGGGGAGGAGUUACAUAUGAAGUAACAGCUGAUAACAUAUAAUAAAUGUGAUGACUUCGCGGAAACGUGGAAGAUAAUAAAAACUGCAUUUCUUUUAAUAAUUCAUUCUCUGUUCUAACUUUACUUAAUAAACAUAUAUUG